AUGCCCGAGGCCCAGAAUAAACGUCAAGGAUCGCAACCCUGGAGCACUGCAAAACUGAACGUAAGGUUCCCCAGGAGGACCGGGAGGAAGAAGGGAAGCGGGCGAGCCGCGGUGCUGGAGGGACGAAGUUACCUUGAAGCUUCUGGGGAAGAAUCCGAAGAUGAUCUGUGGCUUGGAGGGGCGGGAGACAGGCGAGGUGGCCGCAGCGGGGGCGGGCGGCGGGACCGGGACGUGCAGGGGGAGGUCCGGGCAGCUGCGGGGAGCCCGGGGCGACGGCUGUCCGGUGCGGGGUCCCUCCGGUUCCGCGGCGGCGGAGCCUCUAGGCCUCACGGCCGGACCCGAACCUUAGCUUUCCGGUGGCGGCGGCGGCCUCACGAUCCUCCCCCGCGGGCCCGUCCCAUCAAAUCCGCACCGACCCCGUUGCGGCUCCGCCGGUGGCUCCUCGCUCACAUUCCUGGCGGGCGGCGCCUCAGCUCGUUGCCCCGGACCCGGCGGCGGCGGCGGCAGCGACGACGUGGGGAGGGGAGGAAGGGAGGGAGGAAGACUGGAUCUGCAGCGGCAGCAAGAGAAGGGGACAGAAGAAGGAGGAGGAGCCGCAGGAGCUGGAGCCGCCGCUGCCAGAGCCACCUUUCGCUACCCGCGGUGGGUCCCAGUCAAUGCCCCUUUCUCUCUCCUAUUGUCAAUAUCACCGGGCGGCUGAGUCCAUGGCACACGCGCAACCGAACCUUCUGGCCAGCAGCGCCCGCCUCCGGCGCCCGCCCACUGGAGACUUCGAACGGGAAGCGAGGCCUCAUUGGCCAGUAUCCGCCUUCACUCCCCUGACAGCAUGUUCGGCUGAGACCUGAUCAGCAAAUUUUCAUACUGUUGUUUCACAUUCUCACAGCCCUCAGCACAGGCCACAUCCCAGCCCAGCUCUGGGACUUUAGUUCAGGGCUCAGAACCUCUGGUCUCGGCUGAUCGAAAACCUCCUUUCACCCUGUGGCAGUAGGUGGACCUUGGCUCU